AUGAUCAAAAUAACACCAGGCAGCAAAACCACAGGAAUAGUGGCCGGCCCUGCCACACCAGAUUGGCCCAGCGCAGCCCGCAGGGGCUCCCGGCGGAUAAGGGGCGGGGCUCGCAGCCCGCGGCCCGCAGCCCUGCGGGGUCAGACCCUGGACCCAGACGCCGUGUCGCCAGCCCGGGUGCCCGGUGGGGAGGUGCAGGGCCGGACCCCAGGGCAGCGCCCAGCCGCGGCGCCUCUCACCUGCCCGCCCGCGCCCUGCGCCCCCGCAGGAAGUGCGGGCCUCGGUGCAGAGAGGAGAAACUGCCAGAGGUCGGGGAGAAAAGAGUACGGAGGGGAGAGGCGGCGACCAGAGGGUGGGGAGCUACGGUUCCUGUCAUGUGACCCCCUCCCCUCGACUCUCUCGCAGCCCUGCCCGGCGUGGCGGGAGCCGGUCGGAGGACGGUCUCCUCCCGGGACUUGGUCUCUGGGCCCCAGGAUUUCUCUUCAUCACUGA